ACAUAAAUCGAAACAGUAAGUUUGUAGUUUUCAGCAUAUUGCAAUGACAUCGCUAGGUAAAAAAGUACACUAUUUUAACAAAGCUGAUAUUGGGGUUCCUAGAGAAUUUAGAAAUGUAUCGCAUUUUGAAAUUGAUCACAAAACGAGUAAUCAUGUAGUUUCCAAAAGGGUUUGUUAUUAACUAAUAAUUUCUUUAAUUAUUCAUUUGUAUUCAUCUAUUUAAGUAUCCAAAACUUACCAAAUUUGAUAUUGGUGUCCCCAAAGACUUUAAACAUGUUUCACAUAUCAGUCGAAACAAAAAUGACAGUUUUGGUGGUAAAGUAGGAGAAUUUAUUAACAAUUUUAUUAAUAAUCAUGACGCAAGAAAUGCUGUUGAAAAAAUAAUUGAAAAUGAAGAACCUAAAGCUAUACAUGAAACUGAAAUACCUCCAAUACCUCCACGAAUGCCAUUACAAGCUACUAAAAUCAAGAAAAGAUUGGCACCGCUUCCUCCUGACGGACUACCACGAAAACAUUAAUAAAUCUUACUGAGAACAUGUAGUGUUUAAUUUUGUUGAUUUUGAAACAUUAACAGGAAAAUUUUGCUAUCGCAAUAAAAACAAAUUGUUUAAUCAUUUAUUUAAAUAAAGAUACAGAUAAAAUCCUACACUAUAUCAUUCAUCAACCCAGUAUUCAUUUAGCAACAACAAAAUGAAGAAAUUAAAGAAACUCAAAAACGUAGAAUCAUUGUUAUUAAGUAGAGAUGAAAAUUUAAAAAUUUUCGAAUUACUCGGAUACGGGUGUGAAUCCAAAUCGACCGCAAUCGUCCAAUUAUUCCAAACGGAACAUCCAAAGCAUGAUGAAUGGAUUAAGCACCAUACAGGAAUUGUGUGUCUGAUUAAAGAUUAUAACCUAAAAACGUAUUUCUUUAGAUUAUAUUGUUUUGAUAGUUGCACAUUAAUAUGGGAAUAUAAAAUUCCACCCGCAUUCUCAUACGUAUUAAGUGCUAAGUUUUUACACACAUUUAUCGGAGAGGGCUGCGCUUAUGGCUUAUCUUUUACCGAUGAAAUCGAGGCUUCUUCAUUCUUCCAAAGCGUUCAAGAAAUCGUUAAAAAAAUUAAAAUCCCAAAACAAACGGGUACCAUAAAAAAAAUAAAAAGGCAAGACACUACAAAAAAAUCUUUUCGAAAAAAUCACAGAUUCAUCAUAAGUAACCCAGUGGAAUUCAAACACGUCCAACAUUAUGGGUUUAGUGAUUGGAGAGAAUUGGAUACGAAAAUAUUAAAAUUAAGUGGGAAAAAUGAAACAUCAAAUGGUGAUGAAUCUAAAGUUAUUUCACCAAGAAAAGUGACAUUUGAAGAUGAAGUAGAAACUAAUAUAUCCACAACCAAACCUAAAGAAGAAUCGCAAUUUAAUUAUUUUGAAGAUGAAGUAGAAAUUAACAUAUCCACACCCAAACCUAAAGAAGAAUCGCAAUUUAAUUUUAUGGCCGAGUUAAAUUCAAAAAUUGAUAAUAAACAAAUAAGAAAUGAGGAGGAAAACUUUUCCAAUUUCUGUCAGACAUUAAAAGUCGACGAAGACAAGGAAUUUUUAACACACGCUAUUAUUAACAGACAUCGUAAUAUAUGCGAUGAUUCAUCCGAUAGUGAUAGCGACAAUUGGGAUUAGCAAGAAAUUUUAUUUAAAUAAACUUUAAAUCAUCAACUAAAUGCUUUAAUAAUCAACUACUAAAUACAUAGUUGUUUUGACAGUUAAUUGAAAACGUUCUACAAAAAAAUUUUUUAACCUCCAUAAUUAUUUUAUUUAAUUUUUUAUUUUAAUUGUAUAAAUUAAUCGAAUCAAUAAAAGUUAAU